AUGACCAUCGUCCACAUCGUCCUCUUCAAAUUCCGCCCCGAUACCGAAAGCAGUAUUAGAGAGAAAUUCAUCACCGAACUAAAGAUGUUAAAAAACCUACCUUGCGUGAAAAGCCAACGACUCGUCGUGGGAGGUCCCUCAAUAACAGACCCUUCGUCAAAGAGCAAGGGAUUUCAAUAUGCGCUGGUGAGCUACCAUGAAGAUCGGGCUGCGCUGGAUGCGUAUCAAGCUAGUAGCGAGCAUGAAAGGGUGACGCAUACUUUUUUCAUCCCUUAUCGGGAGGAUCUGGUGCGGUUUGAUUUUGAGGUGGAUGGAGAGGAUGAGUGUUUGUUGGGAUUUGGAGGAUUUUCUGGAUCUGAGGUAUGA